UUGCUCUGAAAACAGAAGAUAGAGGGAGUCUCGGAGCUCGCCAUCUCCAGCGAUCUCUACAUUGGGAAAAAACAUGGAGUCAGCUCCGGCAGCCCCCGACCCCGCCGCCAGCGAGCCGGGCAGCAGCGGCUCGGACGCGGCCGCCGGCUCCAGGGAGACCCCGCUGAACCAGGAAUCCGCCCGCAAGAGCGAGCCGCCCGCCCCGGUGCGCAGACAGAGCUAUUCCAGCACCAGCAGAGGUAUCUCAGUAACAAAGAAGACCCAUACAUCUCAAAUUGAAAUUAUUCCAUGCAAGAUCUGUGGAGACAAAUCAUCAGGAAUCCAUUACGGUGUCAUUACAUGUGAAGGCUGCAAGGGCUUUUUCAGGAGAAGUCAGCAAAGCAAUGCCACCUACUCCUGUCCUCGUCAAAAGAACUGUUUGAUUGAUCGAACCAGUAGAAACCGCUGCCAGCACUGUCGAUUACAGAAAUGCCUUGCCGUGGGGAUGUCUCGAGAUGCUGUAAAAUUUGGCCGCAUGUCGAAAAAGCAGAGAGACAGCUUGUACGCAGAGGUACAGAAGCACCGAAUGCAGCAGCAGCAGCGAGACCACCAACAGCAGCCUGGGGAAGCCGAGCCGCUGACUCCCACCUACAGCAUCUCGGCCAACGGGCUCACGGAGCUUCACGAUGACCUCAGCAACUACAUCGACGGGCACACCCCCGAGGGCAGCAAGGCAGACUCUGCCGUCAGCAGCUUCUACCUGGACAUCCAGCCUUCCCCGGACCAGUCAGGUCUUGAUAUCAAUGGAAUCAAACCAGAACCCAUAUGUGACUACACACCAGCAUCAGGCUUCUUCCCCUACUGCUCUUUCACCAACGGAGAGACUUCCCCAACUGUGUCCAUGGCCGAACUAGAACACCUUGCACAGAAUAUAUCUAAAUCACAUCUGGAAACUUGCCAAUACUUGAGAGAAGAGCUCCAGCAGAUAACGUGGCAGACUUUUCUACAGGAGGAGAUUGAGAAUUAUCAAAACAAGCAGCGGGAGGUGAUGUGGCAAUUAUGUGCCAUCAAAAUUACAGAAGCUAUACAGUACGUGGUGGAGUUUGCCAAACGCAUUGAUGGAUUUAUGGAACUAUGUCAGAACGAUCAAAUUGUGCUUCUCAAAGCAGGUUCUCUAGAGGUGGUAUUUAUCAGAAUGUGCCGUGCCUUUGACUCUCAGAACAAUACAGUGUACUUCGAUGGGAAAUAUGCUAGCCCCGAUGUCUUCAAAUCCUUAGGUUGUGAAGACUUUAUUAGCUUUGUAUUUGAAUUUGGAAAGAGUUUAUGUUCUAUGCACCUGACUGAAGAUGAAAUUGCAUUAUUUUCUGCAUUUGUCCUGAUGUCAGCAGAUCGCUCAUGGCUGCAGGAAAAGGUAAAAAUUGAAAAGCUGCAACAGAAAAUUCAGCUAGCUCUUCAACAUGUCCUACAGAAGAAUCACCGAGAAGAUGGAAUACUAACAAAGUUAAUAUGCAAGGUGUCUACAUUAAGAGCCUUAUGUGGACGGCAUACAGAAAAGCUAAUGGCGUUUAAAGCAAUAUACCCAGACAUUGUGCGACUUCAUUUUCCUCCAUUAUACAAGGAGUUGUUCACUUCAGAAUUUGAGCCAGCCAUGCAGAUUGAUGGGGAACAAAACAUAUACAAGGAUCGAGCUACCCUUUGAUCAGAAAAGGCAAAGAAGGAAAUUUCAACUUGUGAGGAAACAUCUAUUGAUUGAUAGUAGCUGCCAGAAUUGCAGAAAUGAGGAUUCUCAAAGGAGUGCCAUGACUGAUCGGUGAUAUCUACUCUGAAUGUAGGAGGGGAGAAAACCUGAACUCACACCACACUUUGUCAUCUUUGCUUUAGAAAUCAUUAAAGGAGAAUGUCAAAAUGA